CCCUCUGACAGCUGACCUCAGGUCAGAUCUUGUCCAGGAUUAAUUGAAGAAGCUCCAGACUCACAAGGAAGCCAUUUUAACAGCUGAGGACCGUGAGGUUGUUUUCUCAUCAUCACGCCAUUCAUCGCUUUCUCACCAUUUCUUGGGGGUUUUUUGUUGUCAAGAUGAAGGACCGUUUGGCUCAGCUAAGGGAGAACAGUGAUGCUCCCGCUGAUGAUGUCGAGGUUCCUGUGGAGAACAAUUCAUUCAUGGAUGAUUUCUUCGCCCAGAUUGAGGAUAUUCGUAACAGCAUUGACAAGAUCGACGAGAGUGUAGGCGAAAUCAAAAAACUCUACUCCACUAUCUUGUCGGCCCCAACAUCUGACCAGAAAACACAAGACGGUGUCGAAACUCUGACUAAUGAAAUCAAGAAGGCGGCCAGCAAUGCCAGGAACAAACUCAAGAGUAUUGAGCAACAGCUUGAGUCAAACACGGACGAGCGAGCUUCGGCCGACCUGAGGAUACGCAAGUCACAGCAUGGCAUUCUGGCCAAAAAGUUUGUAGAAGUGAUGACAAAGUACAACGAGGCCCAGCUUGACUUUAGAGACAAGAGCAAAGGACGAAUUGCUCGGCAGCUGGAGAUCACGGGGAAAGCAACAACUGAUGAGGAACUGGAGGAAAUGCUUGAAGGAGGCAACGCAGCUGUCUUCUCAGCUGGAAUCAUGGCCUCAAACAUCAACCAACAGGCACUCAAUGAGAUUGAGGCGCGCCAUAAAGACAUUAUGAGGUUGGAGAGCAGUAUCAAGGAGCUCCAUGACAUGUUUGUGGACAUUGCCAUGCUAGUCGAGAACCAGGGUUGCAUGAUUGACAGGAUUGAGAGCAACAUGGACCAAUCAGUGGGCUUUGUGGAGAGAGCGGUGGCCGACACUAAGAAAGCAGCCAAGUUCCAGCAGGAGGCACGCAGGAAACAAAUGAUGAUCUUCUGCUGCUGUGUGAUUCUCGUCAUUAUCUUCGGCUCAUUUAUCUACAGCUUCAUCAAGUAGAAAUGCUGCCUUCACAUCCGUGUCAUUUGUGUAUUUACAAC